UAUUUAACAAAUCCCAAAAAAACCUGUUGAACAUCACCAACAAAUCAACAAUCAUCCAGCAGGUUGGAGGCUAACACAUCAACUAAGUUUCCUUUUCGCCAUUGAAGAAGCAAUCACCCAGAUCAAACCCACCUCAUCCAUACUCCAAUUAUUAUCAUUAUUCUCUUUGACUUUAAUUCGUUGAAAAUUUCACAACUAUAAAUUUUUUUUUUUUAAAAAAAAAAAAAAAAAAAAAACCAAAUAUAAUGUUGAAAUUACAGCAACUCAGAAUUUCUUCAUCUCUAUUGUCUCCCAAAAAAUUCUGCAAUUUCUUCCCUCCCAAAAACCCAUCUUCUGUAAUCACCAUUAACAAUAAACCCAUCUUAAAUCUAAGCUCUCAAAUGGUUUUUCAUACGACGCCGUCUCAUGCCUCCAAGUAUCUGUUUCGCCAGCUUUUCGAGAAGGAUUCUUCCACUUAUACUUACCUUCUUGCUGAUGUCUCUCACCCCCAAAAACAUGCUGUGUUAAUUGAUCCAGUGGACAAGACAGUAGACAGAGAUCUUUCCCUCAUCCAUAAUCUAGGACUGAAACUUAUAUAUGCUGUGAACACUCAUGUACAUGCUGAUCAUGUCACUGGAACUGGGAUGCUCAAGAGUAAGGUUUCUGGGGUUAUAUCUGUCAUUUCCAAAGCAAGCAAUGCUAAAGCUGAUCUUUUGGUGGAAUCUGGUGACAGAAUUGUUGUUGGUGACCUCGUUCUCGAGGUUCUCCCCACUCCUGGUCAUACAGUUGGCUGUGUUACAUAUGUUACAGGAGAUGGGCCUGAUCAACCACAGCCAAGGAUAGCAUUCACAGGAGAUGCUCUGCUGAUACGUGGAUGUGGAAGAACAGAUUUUCAGGGUGGAAGUUCAGCUGAGCUCUAUAAGUCAGUGCAUUCACAAAUAUUUAGCUUGCCAGAGGAGACAUUGGUUUAUCCUGCUCAUGAUUACAAGGGUUUUACAGUAAGCACUGUGGGAGAGGAGAAGCAGUAUAACCCUCGCUUGACAAAAGACAAGGAAACAUUCAAAAGCAUUAUGGAAAACUUAAACCUGGCAUAUCCAAAGAUGAUAGAUGUAGCGGUUCCAGCAAAUAUGGUUUGUGGCUUGCAAGAUCCAGUUCCAACUACACACUGAUUUCCCUAAAUGAAUCGGUGCGAAUUGAAGUACUUUCUCAUCUUUAAAUCCAUUAACACCAAUGUGGAAUCUCCUCGGCAUAUAUACUCAGCUAGAAUUUCCUAAUAAAUAUCAGUGUUGGAGUAGAGAAAACAUGUAUAGAUUACAUAGUUUUAUAUUUUUAUUGCAGCCAAGUUCGGCGGAAGAACAAUGUUCUCCAAAUUGCAUGUAUGUUUGCAGUCGUGCAAGUUUGUAAAUAUGAACAAUAGGGGAAUUAUAAAAUACUAACUAUGGUUAUUUAACCAUUUAAGCCAA